AUGUUAGCAGACGAUGAUUCUCCUAAAUACAACUUGAGCUAUAUAGAGUCUAACGACAGCUACACUGCGCUGGACCACACCAAAUUGAUAUCCUUACUCAAGCUCAAUGGGACGAAUCAAAGCGACAAUAUCGGGGAGUUCCUGAGGGUCCUGGAGAACCUCCGUAGCAAGUUCAACAUAUCCGUAGUGAAGGAAUGCGAUCGGACACAUUAUUGCUCGGGAGAAUUCCGAGACUUGAUUCUGGCCUAUAAUAGUAUACAUGGAUAUGUUAGCCUAUUGAUAUGUCUAUUCGGGAGUUUGGCAAAUGCAUUGAACGUCGCAGUUUUAACGCGACGUGACCUGGCCGGGGCUCCAAUUAACCGUCUGCUGAAGUGGUUGGCUGUCGCCGAUGUCUUUGUUAUGCUUGAAUAUGUGCCAUUCGCUAUAUAUCGAUAUUUGCUGUUCCCAGGUCAAGAAGACCGACCUUACUCCUGGGCCGUCUACAUGCUCUUUCACAUGCACUUUACUCAAAUCCUGCACACAGCCUCGAUUCUGCUCACUCUCUCGCUGGCCAUCUGGAGAUAUAUUGCCAUCAAAUAUCCAUCUUAUGGCUCAUCGUUAUGCACUGACCGCCGCUGUUCCAUCGCAAUCGGCGUAAGCUUCUUAUUGCCACCGAUGUUAUGUAUUCCGUCAUAUUUCGUGUUCACUAUUCAUCAAGACUACGCAUUAGACCAUCGCCCUUCCAAAGUAUACUUCGUAGACUCCAAUUACGACGGGCGACUUUAUCAGACGAAUUUCUGGGUCCACGCUGUCGUGAUUAAGCUCCUUCCUUGUGCGAUCCUGACAGUGAUUAGUGCGUGGCUUAUCCGGGUAUUGUAUAGAGCCAAUAACAGAAAGAGGGCUCUGAAGGGAUACAAUGCGUGCCCGGCCCCGACUGCCGUCAACGGCAACGGUAAUGUGUUUACGAGAAAAUCCACAAAAAGGUCGAAGGCGGAGCGACGUACAGACAGGACGACAAAAAUGCUAGUAGCGGUUCUCCUUCUAUUUCUAUUGACCGAGUUCCCGCAAGGGAUUUUAGGACUAAUGAGCGGUGCGCUGGGGAGGUGUUUCUUCAAACAGUGUUACGACCUGUUCGGUGAACUCAUGGACGCCUUGGCUCUCUUAAACGGAGCGAUCAACUUCAUAUUAUACUGCUCUAUGUCGAAGCAGUUCAGGACGACUUUUAGACAGAUUAUGAGGGCUCGGUUCGCCCCCACCCCGAGAGCGAGCUCCCAUACUGAGUUGCAAAGCACAUAUGUAUAA